CUCUGAUCUGACAUUACAUACAGUUACUAACAGGGACUGGAGGGUCUUGGACAAGACAGCAAGAGCUAAACAAACAGAGCCAACAAAAUUAAAUAAUAAAAAACCAACAAACAGCAGAAGAUGAAGAGCAGAUAAGAUGGAGGAGAACAAAAACAACCCAACAGCAAGAGGGAACGGUGAGUCUGAAACCAAAUCUGUUUCCUCUGAGACAAAUGAUGAAGUUCAGCUGGAGGAACGUACAGCUGACAGUAAGUGUGAUCCAGUGAAUGAUCCUCUCAACACUCAGCUCUCAGGGAAGAAUGACAAAAACACAGAAGGAGAGAAUGAAACCAUAUCUGCAUCAACAGCACACAGUCACAGAGUGAUGGCUGAACUCACUCUUGUGGUAACUGGUGACCCAAACUCCAUUGAUAUUGGAUCAGAGAACUUCCUGCUUGAGCAUAGCGAGCAAACAAAUGUGAAACAGUUUUCAAACAAACUGUAUGAUCUUUGUGGUCGACAGAUCUGUGUCAUUAACAUGCUUGGUCUGCCAAAUGUUGACAAAAUCCCAUUAAAUCAGGCAGUUCAUGCCUUUAUCCUGCUGAUACCAAAUGGCCAGCACAGCAUCCAUUACAGAUCAGGAAUCGAGUGGUUAGAAAGAACUUUUGGGAAAGAAUGUCUUUCUUAUGUUAUGACAGUCCUGACUCAUAAGUCGGAUGAAACAUGUGAGAAUGCACUUGCAGACCUGAAAGCUAAUCACAGUUGUGUUGAACAAAGAUACCACACAUGUAGAAGAAGUAUGGCAAAUGUAAAUGAGAUAAUCAAACUCUUGGAAAAAAUAGAUGUCAUGGUCUCUGAAAACAACCCACAAUGCCGCAAUUUACUGAUGAGUGAGGUAAUUGAAGAUCAGAAAUUGCAGGACGACACACCCCACAAAGAAGAAACAGUCACAAAAUGUAGGAUGUUAAUGAGAUGUUCAUUCACUUUUUAAUAAAAUAAAAAGUGUCUGUGGGGUUGGGCUUUAAUAUGAUGUUGUUGUCUAAAUUUUAAACUGAUGAGCUUUUCCUUUACUGUUUUCUUACAUUAUGCAGCAGCUAAAGAGAAUGAAGACUGAAGCCAAAAUCCAGCUGAAGGUAACAUACAAGAAGGAUUUUUAUUUAUUUAUUUUUUUAUUUGAAAAAGUAGAGUGAAUCUGAUUUCUGGAUUUUAUAGACAAUGGUACCCCAGAAAACGUUAACGGGGUAGCUAAACAGGGCCAGUGAAAAUUUUAUGGUGGCCCACCAAAGACAAUGUGUGCAACAACAAUUGAACAUCAGCACAAUGAAACUUACAGCAUUAUCGUACUUACUGGUCAGCUGGCUGGACUGUUGACUUCCAGGCUAGCAAGCUGCUGUCUGCCUGCCUGUUUCUGUGAAGGUAGAGAGAU